CCGCUUGUUCCUUGCCGAUUCUCACUGUCGUCGUAGCCCUCGUCCUCCUCUCGGUGUUGUUGUUCUCGGUGACGCGACGGAGGUGUAGCCUGACGCGUUCUCUUACGUGUCGGUCUGAAUAAAAGUGGAGCUCCGUAGACCCGGGAGUGACGAAGCGAGUCUGUGUUGAUUUUAAAUGACAAUGGAAGCCUGUGCCGAUACACAGCAAAGUGGUGAAACGGGUGUGAAACAAGAGUCCGAGAUUGGCCUGUCCCAGGCCUCCAUAGCGUCGAGCCAGGUGUCAUCCAGCAGUCCCACAGUGGCCUUGGUGCAGCUGCCCAACGGCCAAACCGUCCAAGUGCACGGGGUGAUCCAAGCGGCCCAGCCCUCUGUUAUCCAGCCCCCUCAGGUCCAAGCAGUUCAGAUUUCAACAGUUGCCGAGAGUGAGGACUCUCAGGAGUCUGUUGACAGUGUCACAGAUUCUCAGAAGAGGAGAGAGAUCCUGUCCAGAAGACCUUCGUACAGGAAAAUCCUAAACGACUUAUCUUCAGACGCUCCAGCAGUUCCUUGCAUUGAGGAAGAAAAGUCAGAAGACGACUCUGCCCCGGCCAUCACCACCGUCACCAUGCCCACACCCAUUUACCAAACAAGCAGCGGCCAAUACAUCGCCAUCACACAGGGAGGGGCCAUCCAGUUGGCCAAUAAUGGGACAGAUGGCAUUCAGGGCCUGCAAGCACUCACUAUGGCCAAUGCCGCCACAGGCCAACCAGGUGCCACCAUCCUGCAAUACGCCCAGACCAGUGAUGGUCAGCAGAUCCUGUUGCCCAGCAACCAGGUGGUUGUACAAGGUGAGAAUAGAUGGCAAACAAGGUUCCUCUGGCACUUCUCUUUGUUACCAUUUACCUCCAACCCUUCAGCCGCAUCGGGAGAUGUUCAAGCCUAUCAGAUCCGCACAACCCCAUCCAGUGUCAUGGCGACCUCGCCCGCAUUAGGUACAGGGACGGGAACAGAGGAAGUCACGCGCAAAAGAGAGGUGCGCCUUAUGAAAAACAGGGAGGCUGCCCGUGAGUGUCGCAGGAAGAAAAAGGAGUAUGUUAAGUGUUUGGAGAAUCGGGUCGCCGUGCUGGAGAACCAGAACAAAACCCUCAUUGAGGAACUUAAAGCCCUCAAAGACUUGUACUGCCAUAAAUCUGAGUAGGCUCAUCAUUAUUCGGCCGGCGUGGGCCCGCCCAUGUACAGAGACUCAGCAAAGAGCCAUGCAUAUGGAUGCCACUCUACCUUUUCUAAUUGUUUUGCUUUCUUUAAAAAAAAAAACACA